CCGACUGCCUUUGACCAGGACUUUGAUGGGGUCCUCCAGACGGGGACUUCCAGUGAUUUGGUGCAAUGCGUAUGGCACACUUAAAUGAACCACGCUGACAUCCACGGACAACCCCUGCCUCCGUUCCUCCUCUUGUCUUUCUCCGUGGUGGUAGUGGUGAGAGCCACAGGGCGUCACGGCGUCCUCCACAGCCGAGCUUCCCUUAUCUCAUCACCGCCUGAAUCCCUCACUCGCCCGGGGGUGGGGGGAGGAGACACAAGCGAGGAGAGAAGACAGGAGGGAGGGAGAGUGUAGUGUUUCCCCGUCACGCAGAGCCGAACCACACGGAUUAGUCCACGACGCUCUUCACUGCAUGACGGAACACUUCAAUACUUUUCUGCCCAUACCUUAAUUUUGUUUGUUAGCUUGUUAUCCAGCUAGCUUGGACCCCCACUCUUCAUCCUCCUCGUCCCCUCCCCACGCAAGACAUGGCGAAAGAGAACGGCGAGUCCGGCAAUGAGUCGUGGAAAAAACAAGUCGAUGACAUCAAGAGUGUGUUCGACUUUAAGGAAGUACUGGGCACUGGUGCGUUCUCUGAGGUGGUGAUGGCUCGGGAGAAGGCCACCGGAAAGAUGGUCGCCAUCAAGUGCAUCCCCAAAAAGGCUCUAAAGGGGAAGGAGACCAGUUUGGAGAAUGAGAUCGCUGUUCUUAGGAAGAUAAAGCAUGAGAAUAUUGUGGCUCUGGAGGACAUUUAUGAGAGCUCCAACCACCUGUACCUCAUAAUGCAGCUGGUGUCUGGUGGUGAACUUUUUGACCGCAUCGUGGAGAAGGGCUUCUACACCGAGAUGGAUGCCAGUCGGCUCAUCCGGCAAGUUUUGGAUGCUGUCAACUACCUCCACUCCAUGGGUAUUGUGCACAGAGACCUGAAGCCAGAGAACCUUCUCUACUUUAGCCCGCACGACGAGUCAAAGAUCAUGAUCAGCGACUUUGGCCUGUCCAAGAUGGAGGGAACUGGCGACGUGAUGGCGACGGCCUGCGGGACUCCGGGAUAUGUGGCACCUGAGGUGUUAGCGCAGAAGCCCUACAGUAAAGCUGUUGACUGCUGGUCUAUAGGGGUCAUCGCUUAUAUUCUGCUUUGUGGUUACCCUCCUUUCUACGACGAGAACGACUCCAAGCUCUUUGAGCAGAUCCUCAAGGCCGACUAUGAGUUUGACGCACCCUACUGGGACGACAUAUCAGAUUCUGCCAAAGACUUCAUCAGCUGUCUCAUGGAGAAGGAUCCAGAAAAGAGGUUUACAUGCGACCAGGCUCUCGAGCACCCCUGGAUUGCAGGAGACACAGCUCUCUGCAAGAACAUUCACGAAUCCGUCAGUCGACAGAUGCGGAAAAACUUUGCCAAAAGCAAGUGGAGGCAAGCCUUUAACGCAACAGCUGUGAUCCGCCACAUGAGGCGUCUACAGCUGGGCACCAGCUUUGGCGGCAGUAUCCACAGCAGCACCGCCUUGGCCACGCCCAACCCCGCUAACCGAGCGCCGGCCAAAAGUCAGUCUGUGGACUGUGCACCGCUCGGCAUCGACAACUUUCCUCCAAUUUCCACCCUGCCUGUUAAGGCCUUCAAUCAGGACUCGGACGCAUCCUCUGCCGUUCUGGAGGAGCCGGCGUUGGUGGUGGAGCCGGCCAGGCCACGCCCCUCCACCGUCACGGUCAUCCACACUGGGACUAAAUGACGCCAGGUUCCGCGGGAGGUGAGCUGGGAGACCACAGAGCUUUAAGACGGGCCAAAAUCCCUGACAAGUGGUUACCCAGUUUUACCAUCCCGCCGCCUCCCGUCGCUAUUUUGGGGGAGGAAUUUGAGUAGCCCCUCACGCUUCCCAUCCGCUGUGCUACAGACAUGGAAGAAAAGAGGGGGUAGACUCCACUGAAUGUUAUUCCUGAAGACUGAAUGUUAUUCCUGAAGCAGGAAGUGCAGGAAGUGUCACACUUAAAAGGGAACUUUUUAUCCAAGCUGCUGUCGGCGUUGUCCAAUCAGAUGCUCCGAUGUAUGCCUUGUGUAAAUACUCCACCCGGAGUGGUGACUCGUUGUGAAAUCGCCUGCCUACGCCUCAUUCGUCUUCGCUCUUUGCUACGGUGGCUUGCAGGGUCCCAACGUUUAUUUUUUUCUGUGUGCUUUGCUGUAAAAGUGAAACACAACCUCAACUAUGGGAUUAUUUAUUUACCAACGGAAACACUAAUGCAGUGAACAACCAAGAGAGAAUCAAGUUUUAUUUUGAUUUCAAAGACUUUGACGGUCCUCCUUGACCACAAGAUCAUGAGUUCUCAGGGAUGUGCUUGAAACAAACCAAACCCCACCCCUUGUACAACCUACACUGUGUAACUGCAUAUUACUCUCACGUGCCAAUAGAUCUGACCACGCUUUCUUUGUGUAAAUCAAACAUUAUUACUGUCUGUAACUUGUGCUGGAUAGCUUGUUUCCCUUUAAAACUUGGAAUUGUAGAUACAAAGUAUUGAAUAGUGCAUUCAUGUUUGCAAAAAACAAAGAAGCAGCGGGGUGGUGCGUUGAGUUGAUUGUACAGUCGUCCUCCGCUUCUGACACUUGUUUGCUUUGGCUUUCAUACCGGCCUGUUGAAUUUAGCAGAAAGACUCUCUUUGUUUUCUUUUUUUUCCCCCCCUCCAUCAUGAGAGUAAGGACUGAUAUCCUGACUUAAGGGUGCGUUCACACUUGUCAUGUUUGGUUUGGUCAAAAGGAACUCUGGUGUGUUUGCUCUGCUGGGAUUAUGGUUCGUUUUGGCAAGUGGGAGCGUGGUCAUCUACCAAGCAAGUGGGUCGCAACCACUAGAGAGAUGGGUCUCGGCCCGCUUGCGAGUCAACUCUGGUGCGCUUUGCUUCACUUGAGCUCAAAUGCGAAUGAAACGCAACUCGGAGACACUGACCAGUGAUAAAAAGAUUGCAAAAAGACAAAUAUGUAAAAGAAAAUGUGUUGGAAGUGUUGUCUCUCUGCUCUGCUCUGCUCUCUCCCUCUGUGUGUGUGUGUGUGUGUGUGUGUGUGUGUGUGUGUGUGUGUGUGUGUGUGUGUGUGUGUGUGUGACAGUGUCGCUCUUUAAAAGUAUAUUUUAGAAGCUUUUCAUUUAAUUGAAGCUGGUAAAAGUAGGAGAAUAUAAACAUAACCUACGUAUACAGCAGACGACAUUUUGGUCACUUAAUAAAUCAAGUUUAUGCACAUAUUUUUUACUGCGCAAAUGAGAAAAAAUACCACUGUGAAUCUUUUGUUCAUUUUUGGUCUGGACCAUAGUACCCAACCACAAGUGUGAAUGUAGGAUUAAAAAUGGUAAGGACUAAUAUUUUGAAUUUAAAGUGUAGUUAUUCAUGGUGAGUAAAAAAAUAAGACUGAGCCUGAGUUUGCUGUAAAUACAAAUCUGAAAAGUUUACUGGAGUCUUGAAUGCUUCUUUUCUCAAUGUUGUUGUCGUCUUCCCUCUAAGAGCAACAAAAUAUGCAUGUGUUGCAUGUUGAUGCACAAAUGUUAUGUAUUAAAAAAAAAAAAAAGACUUGUUUGUACGUGUCUUUGCAUCUUUGACCAAAACUACAAAGGAGUUAAAGGCAAGACUAAUGUAAGCAUUUUCAUGUUUGUCUGAUUGAAUACAAUUUAUCCACAGCCUCAGUUGCUCUGACGGUUGUAUUCAUAGGGAGGAUGCAUCCCGUCGUAGUGGAACUCCCUCCACUGCUCCGUGCUCUCUCGGGUCCUCUCGUUUUGUUCUGGAAGAUCAUGGAACCCAUCAUUCUAACACAAGAGUGAUUUCUUGGCUAAAGAAAAGAGACGCAUGAGCUUAACUUACCGUCAUUCUCCUCUUCAGCGUAGCUCUCAAACUCGUUCCUCUUCUCCUCGUGGAACUCUCUCCUGCGCUCGUCUGCAGCCAGAACCUGCCUCUGCUCAGCUGUAAGCGGCCACAGUCAAUUAGACACCGCAUGACCAAAAGUAUUGGGUCAGUCCAGUUUGUGUCUUGGACAAUGCAGGGUCCACAAAGGCAUGUUUGGAUGAGUUUGGUGUGGAACAACUUGACUGGAACGCUGACGUCAAACAUCUUUGGCAUUAUUCCAAUGAUAUCAUAAAUACUACAGUACUGAUGGUUAGAUAGAUAGCGAUACAGUUGAUACCAAUGAGAGGCAUUAUUGACUUCAGUGACACCAGAAUGAUUGCUACACAGUACAUGUACUAUGAAUGUACGGUACACCAGAGAGCUGGACUGAUACCAUCGCGACCAUUGCGCUCAUGGAUAAAUACAAUUGAUUUGGAAGAUGCCAGCUAGCUAGACAGUAUAAUUCACGAUAGUGCUACCAUUGGGAUAUGAUGUGCUAUUUUACACAUUUGAAAACACUGUAAGAAUGCCACUUUUAUAGAAUUGGCAGCUUUGUUUUAUGAUGUAAGAUUGUCUACAUCAACUAAUGUAGCAAUUGAGUCGUAUCGUUUGUACACCGUAUCGAAUCGUUUUUCAAAUAAAUAGUUUUUGAAUCAUAUAGUUACCCAUGUAUCUAAGUGCAUAUCAAAUCAUCUAUCACACAGAGAUUUACAUCCGUAAUAGAUACCAAAUGUAUCGAUAAACAGUAUCAUCGAUUCAAACGAUACCAUAGACACCAAAUAUGUAGAUAUCAUUAAUGUAGUACCAAAGAGAGUGACUCAUACCAUGAAAACAGAUACCCUUGAUACUAUAGAUACCAUACAGGUGCAGUACAUAAACAGUACAUACUGUAAUAGCUCUUCACUGGUUGUGUGACAUGUGAUGCCCUAGUGACUUUAGUGGUCUGUCAUGCUGGGGCAAGUUUGUCUUAUUUUCCUGCAGUCACAUUAGCCGAGAGGGCUAGAGUCGAGUCGUGACCUUUGACCUGCGCAAUGAAUCCCCGCACAGGUCUUUACUUGCAGUAGGAACAAAUCUCUGCUGGAGUUUGUAAACCCUGAGAAUACAAGUCGCUGUAUACAAGUGUUUUAUUGCGGUUUGACUUCCUGUCUAAGUGCCUCUGCCCCGCCCUUGUUAGUCAAACAACUUUUGUCCUGCCCAGACUGACAGUUGAAUUGAUUAAUUCAAUUCAUAUAUAAUACAGAGUCUGCUUACUUGUCCACACUUUUCAUGUUUUUUUUUCCUCCAUUUGCAAACUUCAAGCUAGAUAUUUUUGCUCUCAUGAGCACAUUGCACUCGCCCACUCACUUGUCACUCACUCACUCAGUCUUUUCACGAGGAGUCCAAUUCAGAGGGGGGAAAAAAAAGAAAAACCCCGCUCCCGUCGCGUUCUCUCACCUCCCUGCCGGCAGUCGUUAUGUCACUUGGGAAAGUCAAACAUUCUAGAUUCUGUGAAUUCUCACAACGAGCGAUAGUCAGACCCGUGUGUGUGUGUGUGUGUGUGUGUGUGUGUUUUGUGUAUGUUGGAACUCCGGGGUGCCCCAUGGACCCUGCUGCACAUACUGAGGGCGCACACAGCAGCAGCAGAAGCACUCAUUAGGGAAAACAUUCAACUGCAAAUAAACAUGUUGACUGUGUGUCCACUUGGCGAGGUGUUUCAUCGGAAAUAUAUCACUUCAAAUUCCUUUCAUGUGUUUGGGCUCAGGUAAUGUGUGUUUAAACCAGUUAUUUGUUAGACACCAAUGAAACAUGUACUUUUUUUUUUUAGCCUUGCCCAUGAUUUCAAUGUUUGUUUUUUUUAAUUUAACAAGAUUAUACUAAGAACCUUUCACUACAUUUUAGUGUGAAUGCAGGAUUUUUCCCAUGUUGGUAAAAUAAGAUAUAUAGAUGCAUUUGUAUUCAUUUCUUGUUGAAUAAUGAGUCCUGACAGCAAUUUUAAUGCAGGAGGUGGCUGUCUGCCUGUGAAAUUAAUUAAUUUGAAUUAACAAACUAUAUAUAGAAAUAUGUGUGUGUCUAGCAC